AUGAAGCCUUUUCACUUGUUCCUCUGCACCAUCUUCCUCCUUCUCAACGUCUCCCGCGCCACAGAUGAUGAUCCGGACCACCAGAUGCGACGCCUCCUGUCCUACCAAGGCGAGCCUCUAGCAGUCGAUCCCGGGCUCAAUAUCGACAACCCUAGGCUCAGGAACGGCUACAUUGCACUCCAAGCUUGGAAAAAAUCCAUGUUCUCUGAUCCACACAACAUCACUGCCAACUGGAUCGGACAAGACGUUUGCAACUACACCGGUGUCAUCUGCUGGCCCACGCCCGAGUUCCCGCACGAGCUCACGGUCGCAGGCAUUGACCUCAACCACGGUGACAUAGCCGGGAGCCUCCCCAAUGAGCUAGGCCUCCUCUACGACCUCUCCUUGAUCCACUUAAACUCGAACAGAUUUUGUGGGACCGUUCCGAAGACUUUUGUCAACAUGAAGCGCCUCCACGAGCUGGACCUCAGCAACAACCGCUUUGCAGGGACGUUCCCUAAAGUCAUGCUCCAGCUACCGAGCCUGAGGUACCUAGACAUCCGUUUCAAUGAAUUCGAAGGCGAACUCCCAAGAAAACUCUUUGAGUUAGACCUUGAUGCCAUAUUUGUCAACAACAACAGAUUCUCCUCUGCUCUGCCUGACAACAUAGGCAAAUCUCGCGUCUCUGUCAUCGUUUUAGCUAACAACAACUUCCGAGGGUGUGUUCCAGCAGGCUUAGGCGAGAUGGGAGAGACGUUGAACGAGCUAAUCCUCAUAAACACUGGUCUUUCGUCGUGCUUCCCAAGUGAAAUAUCGAAGCUGAAGAACUUGACCGUGCUGGACUUGAGCAAUAACCAGAUUGUUGGUGAGUUGCCUCAUGCUAUCGGGGAAAUGAACAUGCUGGAGCAGCUUAACGUGGCACACAACAUGAUGUCCGGAAAGAUAGCUGACCAGAUAUGUGAGCUUCCGAACUUGGAUAACUUUGUGUACGACAACAACUUCUUCUCGGAAGGGUCUGCUUCGUGCCCAAAGCUGCCUAAGUUUGCUGACAAGAUGAACUGUUUGAAGGAGAGGCCGAACCAGAGAUCCGCGUUGGAGUGCCAAAGGUUCUUGGCUCGGCCGGUUAACUGUGAUGGCUUCAAAUGCAAUCAUUCCAAUACAGAACCACCACCUAAGGUGGUGCCAUGUGCACCACCACAACCACCCCCCGCUCAGCCAUCUCUGCCUCCACCUACCAAGCCACAGCCCGCGCCAUCACCACAACCAUCAGCACCACCACCACAACCACCAUUGCCAUCACCACAACCAUCAGCACCACCAUCCCCACCACCACAGCCACCAUCAUCACCACCACCACAACCACCAUCAACACCACCACCAGAAGCUCAGCCUCCUGCUCCAAACGCUACAACACCAAUGUGUCCGUGCCAACAACCAUAA